AAAAGUUGACGUUUUGAAAAGGAUGGGCCAACUCAUCGAUGUCUUUUCGAAACGAAUACGUAUAUAAAAUGUUUGUUUUCUCUUCGUAACGAAUUGAGAUGUAAUUGAACCUAAACAAAAUAUCGAAAAAAUUUAACCACAAUGGAGGUACAUUAUCUCACAAUUAUAUUUAGUAUUUUUUGGUGUAGCUGUGAUGCUAUUAUGUGGAGUUUGGCACCAAAUACUCAAAAAUGUUUGAAAGAGGAAUUACAAGCUAACGUGUUAGUCGCCGGGGAGUAUGAAAUUACAGAGAUUACUGGACAGCGGAUUGAUUACAUUGUGCGGGAUUCCAAGGGACACAUCUUGGCUCAAAAAGACAACAUCAGCAAGGGCAAAUUUACAUUUGUAACAGAAACAUAUGACACUUUUGAAGUCUGUUUUAUAUCUAAAAUGCAACCAGAACGUCGUGGAGUAGCACAAGAUGUACACUUAGAUAUAAAAGUUGGAAUUGAAGCAAAAAAUUAUGAAGGGAAUACAUGGAUUGGUGAAGCAGCAAAAUUAAAGCCAAUGGAACUGGAGUUAAAGAGACUGGAAGAUUUGUCAGAGGCUAUUGUGCAAGAUUUUACACUUAUGAGAAAACGAGAAGAAGAGAUGAGGGAUACUAAUGAAUCAACAAACAAUAGAGUGUUAUUCUUCAGUUUGUUUUCAAUGGUGUGUUUGUUGGGGCUAGCAACGUGGCAGGUGCUUUACCUUCGCCGCUAUUUUAAGGCCAAGAAACUUAUUGAAUAGUAAAAUACAUUUUCGGAGAGGGUCAUCACACAGUCUUAUUCUUUGUUCAUAAAUUUAACCAGAAAACAUAACUUUUAUAUUAUUGCAAUUUACACAAUUGUUACAAUAACUUUGUUUUACUUUGUAUUUUUUGUAACUAGUCAACCUCAACUUUUUCAUACAACGCAUAUAAAAAUAUUGAUGAAGGAUCUAAAAAUAAAAUACCAAAAUAAUUUUUAAAUGUUAAUAAAUUUCCUUAAUAUAUUUUUUAUAAGAUUGUGUGAUUGCACCCAUUACUCUAGUUAUAUUUAAACAGAUUUAUUAUUUAAUAUUUUUGUUGUAUGUAUAUGAAUGAUUUGUUUUUGCAUAAAUGUAUUUGGUAUA